AUGUUUCCGACAGCAAUGUUCGUUGUCGUUUUGGUAAUUUUGGUAACAACAGCUGCUUUGCCAGUCUACGUCGACCGCAAUGACAUCUCUGAAAUUGAGACGUCGCUCCCUGCAGUGAACCUCGACCUUCUCCGGUACCUGAGUAGCAAUCUUAACAACUUCUUCGGACUAGCAGAUACUACUUCUGAUCCACGAGGUCUCAAUUUUGCGCAAUUCGUGGCUACGGAAAAGUGCAGCAAUCAGGCUGCUUGGAAAUGCUUCACGGACAUCGACACGAAUAGUAGGUUACUGUUAUUGAAGAAGAUUCAAAGUGAUGCUUUCUGA